CUGAAGCUUCAACUGAAAAGAAAAGUGAAAAAGAAAAUGAAAAUGUCGAGUUCAGUUGUAGCGUACAGCUUCCGCCAUAUCCCCCCUUUAAAGCAGCGCUCUAUCCGGUACUUCUCUCAUCAACGUCCCCUCCGCCGUCCUCCGCUCUGCUCCCCGUGCUCCGUUCUCGUCGCAACCUCCACAUCGUCUUGCAGUCUUCCAAAUUCGGCGUCUUUCACGGGCAAUUCUUUGUUUCGUAGGAUGGAGCGAUAUUGGGCUGCAAGCAGCAUCAAUAAGAAUAAAGGAAUGGUGGAGCAUUUGCAGCGUUAUGGAGUUAUUCAGUCGAAAAAAGUGGCUGAAGUGAUGGAGACUGUGGACAGGGCAUUGUUUGUACCUGAUGGAUCCUCAGCCUAUGAAGACAGCCCUAUGCAAAUAGGCUUCAAUGCCACCAUUUCUGCACCUCACAUGCAUGCUACUUGCCUUCAAUUGUUGGAGAAAAAUCUACAGCCUGGGAUGCAUGCUUUAGAUGUUGGUUCAGGAACCGGAUACUUGACCGCAUGCUUUGCACUUAUGGUGGGCCCACAAGGUCAUGCAAUCGGUGUGGACCACAUCCCCGAAUUGGUUACAAUGUCGAUUAAAAACAUUGAAAAAAGCGCUGCUGCUCCAUUACUCAAAGACGGAUCUCUCGCCUUACAUGUCGGCGAUGGAAGAGAAGGGUGGGUGGAAUUUGCACCUUAUGAUGCUAUUCAUGUUGGGGCAGCAGCACCCGAAAUUCCACAACCACUGAUCGAUCAACUGAAGCCCGGGGGCAGUGAAACUUCAGUACGAUAUGUUCCACUCACAAGUAGGGAAGCACAGUUGCGAGGCUACUGA